UCACUUCAACUUCAAUCGGGUCAUGAGUCGUCAGUUAAACUACCCAAACCGGAACAAAGUCGUGUUUCUUUCUUCUAGGUUACCCGCUCACUUAAUAAUAAAUGACUACCCAAAACGCCGAUUCUGCUGCCAUUCAACAAUCACAAUCUCCGGCAACCAUUAAAGACAAUUGGGUUGCCGUUAACGAUGAUGAGUUACACAAGCUUCUGUUGCCAAACAUUAAUGAUCUUCCUGUUUCUCCUCCUUGUGCAAUGGAAUCCAAUUUUGUUACCUAUUUUGCUCCUGAUUUUAUGAAGCCGGAGCAUGAUCAAUAUAUUUAUCGCCAUGCAAAUGGGUUGUGUGUUAUUGGGUUGGCUGCUGGACAUGUCGCCUUUAAGGAUGAACGAGGAAUCACUACUGUUGACUUCAAUGUUGGAAAGUCUAACCGCAGUGAGAUCAAGGUCACCGGGAAGCGCAAAAGGAAUGCACAACAGUUUGAGUCCAAUACGGCUUUAUGUAAAGUAUGCACUAACAAUGCUUUCUAUAUUGUCAGAUGUUGUAUUAAAGGCUCUUUGUUGGAAGUGAAUGAACGAUUAAUAAAGCAGCCAGAGUUGUUGAAUUCAUCAGCAGAUAGAGAAGGAUACAUUGCUAUUAUGAUGCCCAAACCAGCAGACUGGCUCAAGGUCAAAGAUUCAUUCAUCACAUUUGAUGAGUACAAGAAGCUCAGACAUUCUUAGUUGACUUUCCAAAUAAUGAACUGCCUUGUUGUGUAAGCUUCUUAUUGUGCCCAUUAUCAUUCUUCAAUAACAUGAACACAAGUUGCAUUACAAUAAAAAAGGCUCAUACAAAUUCACUACAUUUUGUGUUGAUUUUCUUUACCUUUGCAAGAUUCUUGACAUUUUGCAAGAAUGUUUAUCAUGCAUCUACAAUCAAAGUAUGAAUUACCGAAACGAAAAGGCGUGAUAUGAUUUGGGUAAAACUCCAUGAACCUUACUCUGCCAUAACUGCAUCCAACACACUGGGUUUUUCCACAAGUAUGUGACAUCGACGAUCUCCCUACAAGACAACCCAUUUUGACUGCCACAUCAAGUUGUGCAACAACCUACCUCGGUUUGGCUGAAUUUGUGUUCCCGAAUCAACCUUGGAGAUGCCAUAGUCGCAGCCAAACAUGACACGCAUGAACUACCAAUGCAACGGCUAGAACCAUAUAUCUAUAUUUUUCUUUCUUUGUUUUGAUCCAUGUGUGCUUUGUGGUUAACAGUUUGAACUUGUGAUAGUGGGUUAACUAACGAACGAUGAAUAUGAAGCAAGUUCAUGUAUUUUUCAUA